AUGGGAACAGGUUUGGUGUCUGGAGACAAUAUUCAGCCAGAUAAAGAGAAAAAUGUUACCACUAAAGAAACAGAAACUGUCAAGCUGAGCUGCUCAUAUAGUACAAAUAGUGAAUAUGUUUAUCUUUACUGGUACAGACAAUAUCCAAACAAAGAACCUCAGUAUUUAUUACUCAAAGGAGCUCGAUCAUAUAGUUCUGAUGCACAGACCUCUGAUGAUCGGUUUCAGUCGACUACAUCACGAACAUCCACUGAACUCACUAUUACUGAUAGUUUACUUCUAUUGGCUGCAGUUCUAGAGUGCAGCACACAAGAUUCUGUUAAUCAGCCAACAAGAGUUCAAACAGCGUCUGAACAUGACGUGGUCACACUUCACUGCACUUACAGCACCAGUGACCAAUACCCUUAUCUUUACUGGUACCAGCAGAAAACCAAUGGAUUCCCAGUUUACAUGCUCCAUAAACUCUCAACUGGAUCAAGCAGCAGUGAAAAAGAAUUUGAGGAAAGAUUUCAUGCAGAUCUCAACAAAUCCUCAAGCUCAGUUCCUCUGAUGAUCCAGGAUGUGUGUGUGUCUGACUCUGCUGUUUACUACUGUGCUCUGAGGCCCACAGUCACAGGAAACACAAGAACACUGUACAAAAACCUGAUACACAAUAUUGCAUCUUUACAGUACAUUAAACACAUUCGGCUCCCCUGUCUGUAA